UCAUGAACUCACUUAUGUAUCCUCUUGUUCUACUUCUCCAACUCUUAGCUCUGAUUCUUGUAACAUAUUUCGUGUCGAAAAUUGCGAUCAAGGCUAGAGAAAGGAAGAAGAAGGAGAUUCUCGGUGCUCCUCCAGGGAGCUGCGGUCUUCCUUUUAUUGGGGAGACGUUGGCGUUUGUUAUGGCGAAUAAUAGCAGCAAAGGAUUUUAUGAUUUUGUUCAGAAGCGUCGCAACCUGUAUGGAAAUUGUUUCAAAACCAACAUUUUUGGUGAAACCCAUGUGUUUGUAUCCUCUAUAGAAUCAGCUAAAGCAAUCCUCGGCAAUGAGUCGUUUGAUUUCUCAAAGAGGUAUAUGAGAUCAAUAGCUGAGCUUUUGGGUGGUCAAAGCUUGCUUUGUGCAUCUCAUGAACAUCACAGGCUGAUUCGGCGUCGAAUAUCAAAUCUUUUUACACUUGAUUCGAUGAUUUCUACGAUCAGAAUAUUUGAUGAGUUGACAGUUAAAACUUUCGCAAGUUGGAAGGAAAAAGAAAGUGUAUCCGUGCUCAAUGAUGCUUUAAAGAUAACAUUCAGAGCAAUAUGCAAGAUGCUAAUAAGUUUAGAGGAAGAACAUGAAGUUGAAAUGCUACAAAAAGAUGUUUUCGAAGUUACAGAAGCAAUGCUAGCCUUUCCUUUGAAGUUCCCAGGGACUAGAUUCUACAGAGGCUUGAAGGCCAGAAGAAGAAUCAUGAAUGCUCUCAAGAAGAUGUUAAAUUUUAGGAGAAAGGGCUUGGAAUGUCAUGAAGACUUCCUACAAUCAUUUGUUAGAGAUAAAUCAAUGGCUAAUGAUCCAUCGGCAGAUUCACAAAUUUUGGAUAAUAUUCUGACACUUAUAAUUGCAGGCCAAAUUACUACAGCGAGCGCAAUAGCUUGGAUGGUUAAGUAUUUGGAUGAAAACCAAGAUAUUCAAGAGAGACUUAGAGCAUUACAAUUGCAACUACCAACUAGCAGAAAUGGUUCAAAAUUUGGGCUUGAAGAUCUAAAUGAGAUGUCUUAUGCUUCAAAGAUUGUGAAGGAAUCAUUAAGAAUGGCAACAAUUGUGUCCUGGUUUCCAAGAGUAGCACUGAAGGACUGUCAAGCUGAAGGAUUUCAUAUCGAAAAAGGUUGGAUAGUGAAUAUCGAUGCAAGAGCUAUGCACUUUGAUCAAACUAUAUAUGAUGAACCACUACAUUUCAACCCAUCAAGAUUCAAUGAAGAAUCCAAACCAUAUAGCUUCUUGGCCUUUGGAGUAGGAGGAAGAACUUGCUUGGGGAUGAACUUAGCCAAGGCCAUGAUGCUAAUAUUUCUCCAUCGCCUUGUUACGACUUAUCGAUGGAAAGUGACAGACCCUGACUCAAGCUUAGAGAAAUGGGCAUUGUUUCCAAGGCUAAGAAGUGGGUGCCCCAUCUCAGUGUCUCCAAUUGCAGGGGAUGAUACAGUAUCUCAAGGUUAAAUUAGACUUUUGUAUGAGUGAUCGAUGUCUUAGCUAGUUAGAUCUGUAAUUUGUUCAUCUUCUCAAAUAUUUGCCUUGUUGGUUUUUCUUGUAACUUUGAUAUAUGAUUGAACUUUGUGAAUCAUGAAAUCUGCAAUCUGUAAAUUACUU